AUGGAGACGGACGAGACCCGAAUCCCCACAGAUGCCGUGUGCAUCGACGAUCCCUUGUCAGAGGGCCAGAGCACCCCUGCACUGACAUUGCAGAUUGGGAGGAAUCUAGUCCAGAAGCUGCUCGUGAAGGCGGACGAGGUGCGGUUUUAUGGCUACACGAUCCACCUGUGCGAGCCCGCACUAGCCGCGAAAUGCGGCACGAACCUCAUCUUGCGACGGGGCUCGCAGGAUUUCUCUUUGAUGGCCUGGUUGGUGGAAUCGAGGCAUAUCAUGAAGCUUACGGUCGCCAACUUGAUGAGUUUCAUGGAAGCCUCGGGCAUCCGAAUGCCGAAGAACACCACAAAAACACAACGCAUCAAGAGAAUUCUGGCAAUGGACAGCAUCCAGAACGAGUGCACAAAAACGAAGAUCGACGAGGUCUUGAAGAUGCUUGAGAAGCAGGAGGAGAGAAGAAAGAAAAAAGAAGAAGAGAAAGCGACCGAGCCGGCUGAAGAGGGCGAGAUCCAGUGGGACGAGCUGGAGGAAGAUGCUGCGACGAAUGCUUGUCGGCAGCUGCUUGUUGGGCAGAUGGACGACGAGGAAGAUGAAGAUGCUGAGGAGGUCUUCCGCUUCGGAAUUGCAUAG